ACCCGCACGCGCGCACACAAACCGCUCGUGCUCCUGUGAGUCCUUUCGGUCAGCACACCGAUUCCCCGACGAUUCUGGAUAUAGUGUAUUUGUUUCUUUGUUUUUUACCCAGUCUAAACCGGACUCAUCUUUCCGUCACUGAAGUCUGAUUGGUUUUGGGCAGAAACACUUUAGGUCAGAAUGUGAUUCGUUCCGUCUCGCGCUCUGUGUCGCUCGCACGCGCGAGAACGGUCGCUGUUCUUCACAACUGCAACUCGCUCAGUGUUAUCUGUGAAGAGUGGACUGCUCUGAACCUGCUUCUGUCUCUUACUCAGACAUGCUGUAUAUGACAGUUAGGAGAAUAUAAAUAUCGAAUAACGAGUAACUUGAGCAGAGAGGAAGACUAGACAAACUUGUCGUCGGUGUGAAAAUAUCGCUUCAUGAUGGGAAACAGCGGCGUUUUACCCGCAGGGAGACAUACAGCUCUGUGUGUUAUACUGGCGACUCUCUCUGCAGUAGCGAUGGCUUGUAGCAGCUAUUAUGAGAAUGCUAUCAAGGAGUUUUGCCUGGCUAAGUUCAAGGAGGACAUGGAAGCUCUGGACCAAGGCCACUGGUGCAGUUGGGAGGACACAGUAGAGUCCUAUGGAGAGCUGACAAACUGCACGUACCUGGUGGCCUUGAAGAUGAACUGUUUCUGGCCCAACAGGCUAGUGGACGAGUUCUUUAUCGGUGUUCACCAGCACUACUUCCACAACUGCUCGCCCACCGGCCGACUGCCUCAUGACCCACCCAACAGAAUUUUAGGGCCCUUCAUCAUAGUACCCGUUGUGGUCACUCUGCUCAUGACUGCUCUGGUGGUGUGGAGGAGUAAACGCAGUGAGGGCAUUGUGUAAUGCAGAUCGGCCUGCUCCAGUGACCCUCUAAAGCACAGAGGCUCACAUUACCAAACCCAGAGAACAUGCACUAUGCUCCUGAAACUGAGAGAUGUUCAACUAUUGACUCGUAUCUCAUCAAAUAGCUAAUGAACGACGCAGCAUGCUACUCACACACACACACACACACACACACACACAAACAAAUGACCUGAAAAAACUAUACUAGAGACUGCCUUUAAAAUACACAAUACUAUACCGGCAAAGCUUACUUUCCUAGACUUCUGUCAUAUAUCUGCAAGGUCCUGGUUGGUAGUUUAAAGCAGUGCAUUUUCAUUACAAUACCUCAACAGUGAGACAGCUGAAGUGCCAGUGGAACUGACACUGGCUGAAUAAAUCUAAUUUCUGAACAGAUAAACCACAGGAUCACUGUUAUCAUCGUCAUCUGUGAACGCUGGACUCCACAGCUCUCUUUCCUCUCACCUUCAUGCAUCCUUCCAAAUCCUGAUAAAGUUUAAUAUAGCUGAUAUGCUGAUUGAGUUUAUUUUCAAAAUGGAGUAAACUAUGUGACUAUUAACAUACUGUGUAAAUGGCAAUGACAUUAUAAUUUUAUUGACGAAUAAACAUUUAUGGUGAAGCAAAAUUUGAUCUAUCUUGAAAUGACUGGGUUUAAUUACACAAGGCAAUCUGUAAAGCUUGUUAGCUUGAUUUGUAAUGAUUAGCGACUUUGAUUAAUUGAAUGUUCAUUUGGAGUAAAGUUUGUAAAGCUGAUGACUCUGGCACCUGCUCUGUUUUCAAAGGGACUGUUCCAUUUCUUAUCCUGUGUUUAUAUUUAAAUCUGAUUGCUUUCCUUACAAUCUGUCCUGCUGGCUAAACACCCUGAACCAAAAAUGUGUAGACUUUAUAAGUAAGCGAUGGUAGCUCAGUGUUUCUGCAUAAGUGAAUUUGCUCUAGUGUCUGGAAGGUUGUGAGCUUAAAUCACAGGAUUGGCAGAAAGGCACUGAGCAAGUCGCGCAACAUUCAACUGUAUGCUUGGUUUGUAUUCUGCCUCACUUGGGAUAUGUAAGUUUAAGGAAAGUAUAUAGUAGAUGAUUUUUCAAUAUGUAAUAUUAUUGCAAUUAUUAGCAUUCUUGUAAAAACUAGAGAUGCACCAAUGUAUCGGCCAAUGAAGGCUAUUUUUUAUGCUAUGGGUUUAAAAACAUCCUAUGAUCAGGGCCGAUUACUGUAAAUACUGUCAAUCAAAAGAGGGCGGGAAAACACAUUGAUUUUGUGCUGUGUGUAAAGAUGAUGUCUCUUGUGUGGAAUGAAGACAAAACUUCCGUUUCUGAGCUCUAUAAGAUCUGCACUGCUAAAAAUUUUACACCGGAAGUGAGCAGCAGUGAAUUUCAUAUCCAGUUAAUGUUAAUAUAUAAAAAAGUUUAUAUUACAUAUUACCAGUUUGAUGUUCAAUGAUGAAGUAGAAAUACUUUUGUUUGUGGUGAGUGAAUAUGAAGUCUAACAGGAGUUUUUUUUUUUUUUUUUAGAAUUUAGUCAAUGUUAAUAUGAAUUCAUAACAUUCAAUAAGUUAAGAAAUCUUACUUUAAUCUUCAUAAUUUAGUUCAUGUGUUCAUGUUAAUUAGAGUAAUGUGUUUUCUGUUUAUGAGACCAGUUACUGUGAAACAACUUGCUGAAAUGGAGAGAAUAAAGUUUUUAUUUGCAUUUC